GUUGUUUAUUAUCCAUCCAUAUACGGAGUUACUUUAUUAUUAUUCUACUUAAACUUCAGCCAGCCAGCCAAGCAUCAUCCUGUGACGGAGGAAAACACUCCAUCUCUCGCAUGUGUGUAUGUAUAUACAAAAGAAACGAAGAAUGAUGCUUCCUUUUCUUCUUCUCUCGUUUUCUCUUAUUAUUAAGUGACUCCGUAGAAAGCAUCGUCUCUGUUGAUCUUCUAAAGAGAGAGAAUGGGAUCGUCGGCGACAGGGCAGAGCAGUAGUGGCAGCUUUGAUCAUUCCUUCAAGAUCUUGUUGAUCGGAGAUUCAGGAGUAGGUAAGAGCAGCCUGCUCAUCAGCUUCAUUUCUAGUACCGUUGACGAUCUUGCCCCUACCAUUGGCGUUGAUUUUAAGAUUAAGACACUAACCGUUGGUGGGAAAAGAUUGAAACUUACCAUUUGGGACACAGCUGGCCAGGAAAGGUUCAGAACAUUGACAAGUUCUUACUAUAGAGGUGCUCAGGCAAUCAUCCUUGUUUAUGAUGUGACAAAGAGAGGCACCUUCAUAAAUAUAUCUGAUGUAUGGGCACAAGAAAUGCAGCUUUACUCAACUAACCAGGAUUGUAUCAAAAUGCUUGUUGGAAACAAAGUUGACAGGGAGCCUGAUAGAGUUGUCAGCAGGGAGGAAGGUAUAGCGCUUGCAAAUAAGCUUGGGAGUUUAUUUCUUGAAUGUAGUGCAAGGACACAAGAAAAUGUGGAAAAGUGCUUUGAAGAAGUUGCUUUAAAGAUAAUGCAGGUGCCAAGUUUUUUGGAAAAGGGAUGUGCCACGGUGAGGAAUGUCUUAAAGCAGAAACAAGAAUAUCAACAGUCAACUGGUGGUGGUUGUUGCUUCUGACCAUCCUGACUGGAUUGUAAUAAAAUCCGAUCGUAAAUGCAAUUGGUGGCCUUGGCUUCAAAAAUUAUGAGGAGCCAUCUAUGACUCCUUAAUAUGGAGUAAGGGAGUAGCCUUACCAACAUCACCUCUCACUUAGGACAUUCCUCUAUGAGAUCGAGUAGUUAAAGACUGUAAGUGAUGCCAAGUAAGCCUAUAUGAGUCCAUCAAUGAGUCAUAUUUGACUAUAAAAUCACUCGCCUUAUCAACUAGUCUUGACAUAUAUUCUGAUAAAAAUCUAUAUCAUAAAAUCAUAUAUAGAUUUCGUUUUCGUCCCUACUAUUACUGGUGCUUUAUUUUGUGCUUGAGAUUCUCCUAUUUGAGUGUGAUGCUACUCCCUGAAUGCCAGGCUUUUAUAAGCUCACUGUAUAUAGUAAAAGUGUUUGGAAAUGACUAUGUGUGCUUCUCUCUAUAAAGCAAAACCAAAUCCAGUUUUUUUUUGUUGCAUGAUAAAGUGAUUUUGACUCAAGUGUUUGAUACUAAUUCCGUUGUAUAAAAUUGAGAAUCACUUUUGAGUACUAU